GUGCAAGGUGACUAUUUUGUCCCUCAGUCAAAGUUUUCCCACCACUUUCUGGACAUUGUGUUGAAUUAAAACAGAGAGAAAACUGGCAUCCAGAAACUGUUAAUUUCUGUUAACAGUAAAAAUUUAAAUAUGUAAGGCAGGUGAUGCAUGUGGUCACAGUGAGACAGAAAAUUAUCCUUGAUGUUCACUCUGUGAAGCUGAUGAGAAAAGUAAUCUAUUUUCUGUUUUAUGUUUCUCCUCCUUUUCAGGAAGUGGAAAUUGCCAGCGUAGAUGCAUUCCAAGGCCGAGAGAAGGACUUCAUCAUCCUGUCCUGCGUCAGAGCCAAUGAACACCAAGGAAUUGGCUUUCUGAAUGAUCCCAGACGUCUCAAUGUAGCUCUCACCAGAGCGAGAUAUGGCGUCAUUAUUGUUGGAAAUCCAAAGGCACUCUCCAAGCAACCCCUUUGGAAUCAUCUGCUGAACUACUACAAGGAACAGAAGGUGCUUGUGGAAGGACCGCUAAACAACCUCCGCGAGAGCCUCAUGCAGUUCAGCAAGCCUCGGAAGCUUGUCAAUACCAUCAACCCGGGAGCCCGAUUCAUGACAACUGCCAUGUAUGAUGCCCGCGAAGCAAUUAUCCCCGGAUCUGUAUAUGACCGCAGCAGCCAAGGUGAGAGAUCUCAAGAUGGAGAUUCCCAGUCAAAACAA